AUGUCUGUGCAGGAAGAUCCCUAUUCCUCGGUGGAGGCCAUCCGAGAACUGGCAAACACUGACCCUGAUCUGGCGAAAAUUCUCAAGGAUGACUCGACAGAUACUAUGGCAUCUACGCCGUUUGAGGCGAUGGUACAGAUGUUUCGCGAACAUCCCUCGCCCCCCGGCCAGCAGCUUAGAACCGAGUGGUCUCGCUACGUUAAGAUGCGUGAUGGGCACAGUCACGAAAUCCGCGUAUACAAGCCGAAUGAUUUAGCAGAGGGCCCGUUGGUAGUCCUCCUACACGGAGGUGGGUUUUGUAUUGGGCACUACUCACACCUCGGCUCUUAUUCUAGGGCUAUUGCAUCUCUGUAUGGUGUAACUGUCGUGAACAUCAGCUACCGCCUCGCUCCAGAGUUCAAGUUCCCGACGGCGCCUCAUGAUGUGUGGGACUCCAUCACGUGGUUGGUGAAGCCAGAGAAUGCAAAAGAACUUGGCAUAGAUCUUAGCAAGGGUUUUAUUGUGGGUGGGAUGUCGGCUGGAGCAAACCUGUCGGCGGUAUUCGCCCAGCAAUGGGUAUCCAUGGCCCAGUCGCCCCCAAUCAGUGGGCUAUGGCUGAACAUUCCGCUUAUUUUUGUUCAUGAAAUCGUCCCCGAUGAUCAAAGAGAGCUAUGGGUGGCUAGAGAACAAAACGCCUCGGCCAUGGUCAUCAACAAGGAAUCAAUGGAAUUUAUCCGCAGCGCAUACAACCCAGACAUUACCUCACCCGACUUUUCUCCCUUUAACCAUCCGGGAGCACACACAGGGCUCCCACCAACCCACAUCCAGGUUUGCGGCCAAGACCCGUUGAGGGACGAUGGCUUGAUCUACGAGAGGAUCUUGCGGAAACAUGGAGUGAGAACCAAGCUGGAUGUAUACCCGGGUAUUCCCCAUGCAGGAGCUUUCUUCUUUCCAACACUUCCCAUCGCGGUCAAACACAACAUGGAUGUCUUGAAGGGAUUCGGGUGGUUGUUGGGGAAGGAUGCCAGCGAGAAGCAGUACCAGCUGGCAUUGGAGACAAUGACAAUGCCUGCGUAG